UCACCCAUAGUAUUAUAUUCACAUCUUAAAAAUCAUGGGUUUGAAGACAUUUCUACAGGCAUAGGUACAGUCAAGAAGGCAUUGGUUUCUAUGGCAGCAUUUUCAAACUUCUAAAGAAUGUUAACCAAUACAAAUAAUCUUUUUUCAAAACAACAAAUUUUUAUGGUUUAGGGUUUUUAGAGGAAAAACAGAAGGCAUUAUGGAAAACCAGUAUGUCUACACCAAGAAGAGAAGUGAGUUUGGGAGGCAGUGUUUCUUUAGUGAUCAUGGUCCAAAUAAUAUUGAUAACCUGCUACCCAACCGAUCACUCAUGGAUGAGUACAUUCUGCGUGACCCUGUACACCGUGGAGUCCAAUGCAGCAAACUAUUUGCCGAACAUGAGUUGAACACUAUCAGAGCGGAGUAUGACCAUCACAGCAUGAACCACGCGGAGGGUGGCUGGCCUAAGGACAUCAACCCCUUGGACAUAGAGCAGACUAUGAGGUUCAGGAAGAAGGUGGAGAAAGAUGAGAUGUACAUUCACACUGUGCUUCAGCUGUCUCAUCCAAUGGAACACUGCAUAUUCCAGAACAACGCUGUGAAUAUCUACGAGCUUUACUUUGCUGAUGACGAUCAGUCAGCUUUGGUUGAACGCUCCAAAUCAAGAACAGUCAAUGUCUUCAGAGAUCCAAGUGCCACCAAGCGACCCAUCCAUCAUCUGUCAUGGUCGCCUGACGGAGGCACUAGACUGGCCGUGACUCACUGUAACCUCGAGUUCCAACGAGCUCCACCAGAUCUCAGUACUCACUCGUACAUCUGGCAAGUUGAAAACCCUAACAAACCAGAGUUGGUUCUGCAGCCAAGUGUUCCUAUAGUUUGUUUGGAGUACAACCCAAAGGAUCCACACAGCCUGGUCAGUGGGCUACACAACGGUCAGGUGGCGUUCUGGGACACUCGUCGUGGUGGCGACCCUGUGGAGCUCAGCUCUCUGGCCACGUCACACAGGGACCCUACACACCAAGUGUUGUGGAUCAACUCCAAGAGUGGCACAGAGUUCUUCUCCGCCUCCUCAGACGGCCAGGUGAAGUGGUGGGACGUAAGGAAGCUCAGUGAGCCGAUGGAAACACUCAUCCUAGACAUGACCAAGGGAGAAGAACAAUCUCUCAACAGAGCCCUGGGAGCCAGCUGUCUGGAGUAUGAGCCCACCAUACCUACACGCUUCAUGAUUGGCACAGAGAACGGGAUAGUGAUUUCCGGCAACCGCAAAGGUAAGACACCGCUGGAAAAGCUCGGAGCCACUUACAAGACACACCACGGCCCGGUGUACGCGCUGCAGCGCAACCCCGCAUUUGUCAAGAACUUCCUGACCAUUGGUGACUGGACAGCUCGCAUUUGGAGUGAGGACUGCAAGGAGUCUUCCAUCAUUUGGACAAGCUACCAUCGCUCAUUCCUGACCAGUGGCAGCUGGAGUCCCACCAGGUACUCGGUGUUCUACACCACUCGUAUGGACGGGACUGUGGACGCAUGGGACAUCCUACAGAACCAGCGAGAUCCCUGUCUUAGCGUCAAGGUGUGUGAUGAACCCCUGAGAUGUUUACGGUGUCACGAGUACGGAGAGUUGGUCGCGGUGGGGAAUGACAGAGGCACUGCGUACUUGGUAGAGUUCUCUGAAAAUCUAGCAGUGUCAGCAAAGAAUGACAAGUCCUUACUUACUGCGAUGUUUGAAAGGGAAAGUAGGAGGGAGAAGAUUAUCGAGGGCAAGAUGCGGGAGAUCCGUUUACGAGUGCGGACACGCCAGAGUGAGGCUCACAGCGCAGGGUCACGAGAUAGCCGACCUUCCGUCACCCACCCCUCUGCGGCAGACCUGCUACUGCAGACUGCGGAGGAGGAAUUUCACACGACCAUUGAAGAGGAAGAGGCUAAAGCUUUGGGUAAGGAGCCAGAAAUGCCAGCAUCUGUGACUGAAGAGCCAGAGGAGGGGAAAGAGGGGAAGGAUACACAACCCCCACCACCUCCCUCUGAAUAGACCCCCCCUCAUUAUGUUGUUAGUUCUGUAAUGUAUGUAAAAUAUAGAUAUAUGUUUAUGUUGAAUGGAUUCUACCUUUAGGCUAAUUCUAUGCAAUUUACAAAAAAUACUUCCAUUGAAUCUGUGUAUUUGUAGCAGAUAUAAUUAUGCUG